CUCUCUCUGUCUCUGUCUCUGUCUCUGUCUCGUUUGCGACAGGGCAUAGGCGACGUCGUGACGCGUCGCCGCGUCUCGAGUGCUUUCGGUUUUUUUUAAGAGAGAACUUCGUAACGUAUCGUAGGAGAACGGUUUCGUAGGAGCGAGAUUUAGACGGUAGAAAGAAAGAAAAAAAGAAAGAGAGAGAGAGAGAGAGAGAGAGAGACGUACGAACGAACGAACGAACGAACGAAAGAAAAUAAAAGAAAAGAAAAGAAAGGAAAAUGGAAGUCGUUCUUGGUCGAUACUAUAUUUGAAGUAUAAAACGAGUGUGGCGAAGCGUCGAUCGAAAAAGAUUUUCUUCUGGUUAGAACGGACGUUCGCAACGUUCCUACUAGAUCCAGAGCGAAGAAAGAAGGAAGGGAAGAGGAAGAAAAGAAAGCAAAGAUAGCAAAGUGCAAUGUCGUAUCACCGCGGGGGUCAAACAGGCUCCGUAGCCGUGUCUUACAGUACCAGCCCAAUGGCACCGCAUUCACCUAGCAGGCGAUAUUCGAGUGGCUCAGCGUCUUCGAGUACAACAACAUCCGGUGUUGGAGGUGGUGGUGGCGGUGGUGUUGGUGGUGGUGGUGGUGGUGGUAGUAGUGGUAGUGGUAGUGGAGGUGGUGGUGGUGGUGGUGUUGGUGUUGGUGGUGUUGGAGGAGGUGCUAGUAGCAGCAGUACCGGUAGUGGAGGGAGCAGUGGUUCAACGUCCAAGUACAAUUACACCUCAAGAGGUACCCCAUCGUCGCUUCGAGACCGUUCGAGCAUUUUUCCAUCGUCUCCAUCAUCGACGAUUCCUAGUCUUCGUUCCAGCUACGUCUCUGAUUGCAGAAGAUCUUAUUGCCAAACUGGAAGUUACUACUCAUCGGCUACGACCAGCAGCCUCCGCAGGAGCUACUUGUCAGAGUACAGCCGUCCUCAGUGCUCACCCUCAAGGUCCGUCUCGUCUUCGUACGGCGGCGAUACAAGUGGCAUCGGUGGAAGCGUCUGUAGUACUCUGGCAAACGGCAUCAGUAGCAUCGGUUCCAGCGGGCGAUACACAUCGUCGACGUCAUCUUCCUAUUUGUCAUCUUCUACCGCUUCCUCGAGGGAUCGUACCUUGGAUUCGUCUGCGUUACGUCGAGACGUUAACACGGAUAUCAUCGGCAGGUGUUCGCCAUUGGUUUACGUACCUAGCGUCGUUCGCCAUUCUUCUCAGAGUGGUACUCAUCGUUGGAAGCAACAUCAGCAGCAGCAGCAGCAGCAGCAGCAACAUUCGAAGGCAACAACGACAGGAGGUGGUUCGACUUUGAACGAAUUGAUCGGAGGAGAGGAACGCGAAGGAAAACGAACGGGAAGUGUACGUCCCGAAUCUUCGCUCUCCUCGUCUUCCUCGUCGUCAUCGUCGUCCGCCAUCACAGGUGGUGGGCUUUGGUCGAGGUCUAAGGGGAGGCCAUUUACCGCCGGCAGCACGGUGCUCACCACCGGUACGGGGCAUGCACGCGCCCACAGCGCAACAUCGUCCGUCGAGGUAACGAUCGCCGGUCAUCGGACUGACGAGGACGAUGACGAGGACAUCGACGAAGACGACGACGACGACGACGACAACGACGACGACGACGAGGAAGACGAUGGCGACGUCAACGACGAUAACGAUUACGUGAACGACGAGGACGAGGACGAGGACGAGACUAACGAGCGCGAUAACGACGACGACGACAACAACGAGGACGACGAGGACGACGACGUUGACGCGGCCAUCGGCCCUUCCAAUGUAAACGACGACGACGACGACGACGAGGACGACGAUCGACGAAACGACAAUAACAACAAUAACGCCAACGGCAAUCUCGACGGCAGCAGCAACAGGAAUAAUACUAGCAGCAAUUCGGGCUCCAACGAGGAGGACGGCUACGUCUACGAGCAGCUAGAUUAUAACGACGAUCCGCGGCGCGACGAUGACGACGCGGAUAACAAUCGUAUCAACCGCCAUCACCACCAACGCGCCCGUCGUUCGGUCAGCAACAAACAACGUAUCUCCGUUUCCCCGACGGCCGAACGUAAUGUCGCGGCCACCAUAGCUGCCGCCAUUGUUGCUGCCGUUAGACCGCGUAACGAGGGUGGUGGUGCUGGCGGUGGUUUGAUUCCUGUUAAUCUUGACCUGCUAACUAAUCUCGCUAAUACUAAUCCAAAUAAUACCACCGAGCAUUUGAUCGAUAACGACGAGCAGAGUAGUCAACGCAAUUCCUCGCUCCAGUCGGACGAUUUUGAGAUCGACGAUAACGAGGUAAUACGUGGGGUCAACGAGGUUGCCUCGAUCGAGCCGGUCGAUACUUAUCGUCGGAAUGCUCUUUCCUCUGGAAAUCACGACUUAUUGGACGGUCUCAGUACCAAAAGCAAUUCGCCCGUUAAUCCAUUCGAUAUCGAGGAAAAUGACUUUGAGGUCAGGACUUUGUAUACCGUACUUCAGAACGGUCUAUCGGGAAGAACGUCCGAUGACCAUUCCGACGAUCCGUCCGUACCUUCGACGUCCAGCCGGCAGGAAGGACAUUUCUCUGGAAUCGACGGAAACACGGGAGCAUCCGCUAGUGGUCUUACAUCUUCCCCUGCAACACCUAACACGAGACAGCAAAGUCUCUAUCGCGCUGGCAACGAGCAGUUCGAGGGAAGUCCAACCAACAGACCGGUGCGUAAUCCAUUCCAAGCUCAUCGGGACGAAAGAUGUGGCUUAAACGGUUUGCGAAAUAUCGGAAAUACAUGUUUCAUGAACAGCGUGAUCCAGUGUCUGAGCAAUACCAGACCACUUUUAGAAUACGUGACGAACGAACAUUACUUGGUCGACAUAAACACUACAACGUCGAGUAUGAAAGGUGCUUUGAUAAAGGCGUUCAGCCAAGUAAUACAAGAAUUGUGGCAAGUUGACGGGGAUCACGUGGUCAAUACAUCAGCAUUAAAGUCUCAAAUACAAAGAUUUACGCCACGAUUCAUGGGUUAUAGUCAGCAAGAUGCUCAAGAGUUCCUCAGGUAUUUGUUGGAGGGAUUACACGAGGAUGUUAAUAGGAUCACCAUUAAACCACAACCGAUUCAUACGGAUAUACCUGAUAUGUAUACGGAUAGCGAAAAGGCAGCAGAAAGUUGGAAACGUUAUCUACGCAGCGAAGACAGCAUGAUAGUCGAUUUAUUUGUUGGACAAUUAAGAUCGUCCUUACGAUGUACAUUCUGCGAUCACGUAUCGGUAACGUUGGAUCCUUUUUGGGAUUUAAGUUUACCGAUUCCAGCUAGAAGUGGCACAGUCAAGCUCAGCCAAUGUUUGGAACAUUUUACGCGUGAAGAGGUUCUCGAUGGCGACGAGAAACCAACGUGCUCGAAAUGUCAGAUGAGGAGAAAGUGUACCAAGAGCUUCGGCAUACAAAAAUUUCCUAAAAUUCUUGUUAUUCAUUUAAAACGCUUUUCGCCGAUGGAACGAUUUCGUGGCAAGCUGAACGUAAUGGUUGACUUUCCAUUGAUGGACUUGGAUCUCAGUGCCUUUGCCGCUCCAAGAGUACCGGGUUGCACGUACAAUCUUUACGGUGUCGCCAAUCAUUCCGGUACAACUUAUUCCGGUCAUUACACGGCGUAUUGCAAACAUCCGUACUCAGGAGAGUGGCACGAGUAUAACGACAGCCAUAUUUCGGGGAUACCAGCUAAAUCGGUUGUUUCCAGCGAAGCCUAUGUAUUAUUUUACGAACAACAGCCCCAUAGUUCUCAUUUGUAACCUCACGCCAUGUUUGAUCAGCGACCAUCUUGCCUCUUGAUAUAUUAUGUACUAGGCUCGGUCCAGCCUCUAGCAAUACUCUUCUAUCGUGUGUGCGGUAUUCAAAAGCGAAUAUUAAAUAAUAAACUGGACGACAAGGACGGGUCACUUUACUCAGGAACGUAGCGUAUUUCGCGCGACGUCUGUGACGAAAGCCUCUCUAUUGUUCUUUUUCUUCUU